AUGGCCAUUCAACAGUUCUUGAAUGAUAGUCCUUUACUGCUUUUGGGAAGAAUUCUCACGCAGGGAAAUCUUAUCAUUAGUAUCAAGAUAUGGCUACCUCUAGCUCUCCAAGGGAUGGGCAGAGAUCUUGGGAAGCUUCCUGUGAAGUGGAUCUGCCCUACUGCCCCUACUCGCCCCGUUCCUAUAUUUGCUAGACUUCCUGGUCGCGCUUGGUUUGAUCCAAGAGACGUAUCUGAGGAAGAUACGUCUCCCGAUUCACAAGGACUGAAUGAAACAGCUGCACUCAUUGCACAGAUCUUUUCAAGAGAGCCUUGUGAUGUCAAACUAGGCAUCGGAGGAUUCAGCAUAGGCGCUGCAGCUUGCUCUAUACGCGGUCCACACACUACAUUCUUGGCGAAGAUGGUAGCAGGACUUCGGUUUCUGGAAAACUUGAGCUCUGUCAUAGUUCUUAGUGGCUGGCUUCCAUUUUACAAGCUUUGCCAUGAUACAUGUGGUGCAGAGAUGCUAGAAAUGUGCAGCUGGCUUAAUGAGGCUUUGAAGCUGCAGGGAUGGUAG